UAAAGAAGAAAAAACGAGUGAUCAGAUCAAAACACAAGUUUUCGUCUCUAUCAGUCGAAGAAAAUUAAAGAGCCAAUAUGAGUACCGCUGGUCAGGUCAUCAAGUGCAAAGCUGCGGUGGCAUGGGAAUCGGGGAAGCCGCUGUCAAUAGAAGAAGUGGAGGUGGCGCCGCCGCAGAAGAAUGAAGUCCGUAUUAAGAUUCUCUUCACUUCAUUAUGUCACACCGAUGUCUACUUCUGGGAUGCUAAGGGACAAAACCCCAUGUUUCCUCGAAUUCUUGGUCAUGAGGCUGGAGGGAUCGUGGAGAGUGUAGGUGAAGGCGUGACUGAUCUCAAAGUAGGUGAUCACGUGCUUCCCAUCUUCACCGGAGAAUGCAAGGAAUGCGCCCAUUGCUUGUCGGAAGAAAGCAACAUGUGUGAUCUCCUCAGGAUUAACACAGAUAGGGGUGAAAUGAUUCAUGAUGGGAAAUCCAGGUUUUCCAUCAAUGGCAAGCCUAUCUACCACUUCCUUGGAACCUCUACUUUCAGCGAAUACACCGUAGUCCAUGUCGGUCAGGUCGCCAAGAUCAAUCCUGAGGCUCCUCUUGAUAAAGUUUGUGUUCUAAGCUGCGGAAUGUCCACAGGCUUUGGUGCCACUGUGAAUGUUGCUAAACCCAAAAAGGGUCAAUCUGUUGCGAUCUUCGGACUAGGCGCUGUUGGUCUUGCUGCUGCUGAAGGAGCAAGAGUUUCGGGGGCUUCGAGGAUCAUCGGUGUCGAUUUGAACCCCAGCAGAUUCGAGCAAGCCAAGAAAUUUGGUGUUACGGAGUUUGUGAAUCCAAAAGAUCAUGACAAACCUGUUCAAGAGGUCAUUGCUGAGAUGACUGGCGGAGGAGUUGAUCGCAGCGUUGAAUGUACCGGGAGCAUCCAGGCCAUGAUAUCUGCAUUCGAAUGUGUCCAUGAUGGCUGGGGUGUUGCGGUGCUUGUCGGUGUUCCGAACAAAGACGAUGCAUUCAAAACUCAUCCGGUGAAUCUGCUGAACGAGCGGACUCUGAAGGGUACUUUCUUCGGCAACUACAAACCUCGGACCGAUAUUCCGGCUGUCGUCGAGAAAUACAUGAACAAGGAACUUGAACUGGAUAAAUUCAUCACUCACUCGGUUCCAUUCUCUGAGAUCAACAAGGCAUUUGAGCUAAUGCUCGCGGGUGAGGGCCUGAGAUGUAUGAUUCGUAUGGAUGCUUAAGCAAAUGGAUUGCUGGAUGGAUGAAGCUAUUUCAAUGUAUUUCAGUAUAUUUUCGAAGUGUGUGAUUUAAGGAAA